AGUGUGAUGAGUUUCUUUUUAUCUGUUAAGAGUUUUAAUUUUUAUCAUUUUCAGAUAUGCAAAAAUUGAUUUUUCCCUUUUCUUCCAGCAAAAGUGUUAUAUGAAACUGCCAUCAUGAUCCUAAAUUCAACAAAGCCAGAUAAAAGAAGAGCGUACGAUCUCUUCAAACAAGCUGCAGAACUGAAACAUCUCGAAGCCGGGAAAAUCGUUGGCCAGGCGUACUUUUUCGGAGACAUUUUCGCCCAGAAUCUCACUGCUUCCAGAAUUUGGUUUGAAAAACUGGCUAAAGAAAGAGGUUCCCCAUUUGCACAAAUGCAUUUGGGCCUGAUGUAUGCUGCUGGUCUUGGCGUCGUUCCCAACUUGGCAAAAGCUAUUGUUUAUUAUACAUUUGCUGCUCUUGGUGGAGAUACUUGGGCACAAAUGAUCAUGGGUUAUCGUCACUGGGCAGGGCUGGGACUAGUUCAGAAUUGUGAAUCUGCAUUGACAUACUACAGGAAAGUUGCUAAAAGAGUUGAGGAAGAAUUAUCAACUAGCGGCGGCAGCGUCAUUCAGCGUAUCAGACUGUACGAUGAACUAGAAAAUAUAGGGGCCUCGACUGGAAUUCUGGACGAUGACCUCAUUCAGUAUUAUCAGUUUUUAGCUGACAAAGGAGACGUCCAGGCACAAGUCGGUCUGGGUCAGUUGCAUUACCAAGGUGGGCGUGGAGUCGAACAAGAUCAUGCACGUGCAUUGAAUUAUUUUAUGCAAGCCGCAGAUGCUGGCAAUGCCAACGCUAUGGCAUUUUUGGGAAAGAUGUAUUUGGAAGGAGGUAGCGUCGUGAAGCAGAACAACGAAACAGCACUGAAGUAUUUUACGAUGGCUGCCGAAAAGAAUAAUCCUGUUGGCCAAAGCGGCUUGGGACUGAUGCAUCUCCAUGGUAAAGGUGUACCAAAGGAUUACAAUAAAGCUUUCAAGUAUUUUUCACUAGCUGCAAAUCAAGGCUGGGUAGACGGACAGCUGCAGUUGGGCAAUAUGUAUUAUAGUGGUUUAGGAAUACAAAGAGAUUAUAAGAUGGCUAUAAAGUAUUAUACGAUGGCAUCACAGUCUGGCCACGUUCUCGCUUUUUAUAGCCUGGCACAGAUGCACGCAACUGGUACGGGGACCGUUCGUUCCUGCACAACAGCUGUAGAACUGUUCAAGAAUGUUGCUGAAAGGGGACGCUGGGGAGAGAAUUUGAUGCAAGCGUAUGGUGAUUACAAAGAGGGUCGAAUCAAUGAAGCUUUGGUGAAGUAUAUAUUAUUGGCAGAAUUAGGGUAUGAAGUGGCCCAGAGUAAUGCUGCGUUUUUGCUGGAUCGUGCUGAUGUGGAUAUAAUUCCAAAAAAUGAAACUUACUAUCGUGCUCUCAUGUAUUGGAGUAGAGCAGCAGGUCAAGGUUAUUCUGUGGCUCGAGUUAAAGUAGGAGACUACCACUAUUAUGGUUAUGGCACGGAAGUCGACUAUGAGAUGGCCGCCAACCAAUAUAGAAUGGCAUCAGAGCAGCAGCACAAUGCCCAAGCCAUGUUCAAUUUAGGCUACAUGCAUGAACAAGGUUUAGGAAUGAAGCGGGACAUUCAUUUGGCGAAACGAUAUUACGACAUGGCAGCAGAAACCAGUUCAGAUGCCCAAGUUCCUGUCGCCCUGGCAUUAGCUAAAUUGGGUUUUGUAUACAGUUUGCAGAAUAUACAAGAACUAAAUUUUGAUGCUCUUUUGCCGAACGUCAACCUGAACAAAACUUUGGGACCAGAUUGGGAUCUUUACGUCAUGACCACAUUGGCCAUGCUUCUUGGGAUUGUCGUCUACUUCAGGAGAGUUCCACAGGGAUGACCAAAGAAUACAAUCACUUAGAAUUUAAACAAUUUUGAAAAUAUUAAAUUAUUCCGAAUUUUUGUGUUUACACCAACAACAUCCUCAGUAUUACCCUCUACUCAUGUGAAAUACUGGAAUACAAAGCUGUUGAUACUAGUUUCUUCUCACUCAGACACCAACCGAAAGCUAGAUAAUGGUGCAUCAUGAAACUGUGAUUGGUCCAGAUUUUUAUCAUAUGUACUUUAUUUGGUUAAAUGUGGAACUGUUAGCUGUAUCUAUUAAACAUUCUACGAAUUUUC